UCGUUUAUCAUCUCCUUGUUCUUGGAGCCGAGCGACGAUCUUGCCAUUUAACUCGUCACCGAGAGCGAUCUCAUUAAAUCUUCCGGACGAACUUGGCGGAUUUUAUUAAUGCUAAAAUAUUAACGACGACAAUAUCUUUCACCUUCUCAGGAUUUUUUAAUGUUCCUCGGCACGAUUCUACUUAGAUUGCAGCAAUAAUACGACAGUCAAUUCCAAGGAGAUUAUUGAAUUUCCACAAUUAUUGAAUCGUGGAAACAUCACCGCGGACCUUCAUACAAUACCGCCAUUUGUGCGAUCUUGCAGAGUCAUCAUCGAUGUGCCGCGCCAUUUCGAGGCUAUCGCCGUAAAAUUGAAGGAAAUGAAGAUCAUCACAAGUGAAGAUACCAUAAUUUCAUUAUGCUGUAAUUUUGACGUACACGUUGAAUAACUAUAAUUUUGAUGUUGCAGGUCGAACAACUGUUUUUCUCCCGCCUGGAAUUUCACCGAUCCGUCACACUUCACUCAGCCGAGGGUCUUCGCGAAAUUACAUCUUCUUCAAGCUUCCGGACUAGACGUACUCUUCGCGGUGAGCGCUUAACUUUUGCUGAGAUUGCGGGAGAGAAGCGAAGACGACGCUUUUACGCGCUCUCACACAUGCACACACUUGGGCGUGUUGGACUCAUCUUGUCCCCUCGCAUGCCAUGUGUAUUCUUGCAUCGCACAUUGUGGAAGCGGCUGGUUGCUUCCUCGAAUUCCUCCACGCGGUAUUUCCGAUUCAAUAUUUUUCGCCCGCGCGAUAUCGCGUUCAAGAGCAAGCAGCCACUCGCUACACUCGCGAAACACUUUUAGACCCGCAUUUUCCUCGCACUUAAGGUCCACCCCGCGAAUCUUGGUGCUGAUCCAGACGUCGUCGUUGAAUUACGUUUCCAAUUAUCGGUGAACUUACUUCCAUCCGCGGUCGCACGUCGUUCACAUUCGGCUGGUCGGGUAUAGUGCGGAGAAUUGCGAAAGCUUUUAUUAGCCCUCACGGAAAGACGUAAUGCUUCAACGUAGUUGCUUCAACUACGGUUUUGAACUUCUGGAAACGGACGUGACGCUUAUCAGUCACGAAAGCGUUAAAUUACGACCCACAUGUACGACUCGCGCUCACCGUGCGCGGCUCACGCGCGUCAGAGUGACUUUUUGAAAUUCUAAUUAAAGCUCACACGAAUAUCGCGACGACUUUCUUCAGGCAGAUUUCGUUCGAUGAAGCCGCGAUGAGGUUCGGACUGGGCCGCGUUCGUGACGAGUGCGACCGUUCGCCAAGUACGACGCGUUCGCCGCGCGUCAUAUUAACGCACUGGGGACGAUCCAGCAUCGGGCGAACGCCACAGAACGAAUGCGUAAAGGCGGACGGAUGUGUACACAGAGCGGGAGAGCCGAGAAGAGAGCCCCGCCAUGUGGUGCGUCUAUUUCCGUGCUUGCUCUCGACCGACACGACGCCUCCGAAUGGACCGCGACUGAACGGCUCCUUCUCGCCACUCUUGAUGAUUCCGCGACGUGGAGCUUCUCAUAGUCGCGGCCCACGUUCACCUGUGCCCUCAGCGAGGACCAACCCCGGUUAAAUACCGGCAGAUCGAUAAUCAUCGAUGAGGUCUGUGCACGAGGCUCCUCGAGGCAGUCGAGCCUCGUCGGCGAGCGAGUUAACAUCAAGAAACACGACAGCCAUUAAAUAUACACAAGACUGCAACGUUACUAGUUUAUUCGUGUAUUUGGAACAUGUCUUUCUUGUAAAACGGUAUUAAAAUGAAGUGAACGUAUAAAUUCGGGCGGUCGCAAUCUGUGAUUUUUUGCGAACAAAAAGGUUGGUGAAAUUUCUUGCCGCCGAAUGUAUCGGUAAAAUGGAGAAAUAUGAGAAUAUCGAGGUAGUGGGCGAGGGAAGUUACGGAGUCGUAAUGAAGUGCAGGCAUCGCAAGACCGGUCAAAUGGUGGCGAUAAAGAAAUUUCUGGAGACGGAAGAGGACAUACAGGUGCGGAAGAUAGCGAUUCGCGAAAUAAGGGUUUUAAAGAAAUUACAUCAUGAGAAUCUCGUGAACAUGAUCGAGGUCUUUCGCCGUAGAAAGCGCCUUUAUCUCGUCUUUGAGUAUCUCGAUCACACCGUACUGGACGAAUUGGAAGAGGCAGAGAAUGGUUUGGACUGGGAAAAAUCGAGACGAUACAUUUUUCAAAUACUUCGUGGCUUGGACUUUUGUCACAAUCACAAAAUCAUGCAUCGCGAUAUAAAGCCCGAGAACGUGCUGGUGUCGCCAAACGGCGUGAUCAAACUUUGCGACUUUGGCUUUGCGCGCUACGUGAGCGGGCCCAAUGAGUCCUGCACCGAUUACGUGGCGACGAGGUGGUACCGCGCGCCAGAACUCCUCAUCGGCGAUGCCAGAUACGGUAGAGGGAUCGACGUUUGGGCAGCCGGUUGUCUCUAUGCCGAAAUGAUCACCGGCCAGCCGAUCUUUCCCGGCGACAGCGACGUCGAUCAGUUGUACCGCAUCACAAAAGUCUUCGGUCCCCUUUACGGCAAGCAGCCGGUGAACAACAGCGGCCACGUAUAUCUACUUCGGCGCGCGAAACCCGACGAGGUCUCCGGCUUACCGCGAUCCGCAUCCACGGCUAUCCGAAAUCUCUUCCCCACGUGGAGCCCGACAGCUGUAGAUUUCCUGGCGCAGUGUCUUCGUACGGAUCCUGACACUAGGCCGAAGUGUCUCACGUUGCUGCAGCACCCGUUGUUUUUGCAGGACGGUUUCGCCGACAGGUUUCUCGACGAGCUACGGCGAACCGUCGCGAAGGAAUCCGCGAUGAAUCCGCUGGCGAUCAAGAGGAACACAGAAACAUCCUCGAGGAUGUGCCGCAGCAGCAUCGGAAGGUGGCAGAUGACGCUGAUCAAAGAAAGGAGAAUGGCGAACAAUAAUAAUGUGGAGCCGGAACCGGCCGAAAACGAGUCUUCGCGGGGAGAUCGAGUCAAUCAGCCGCUGCCGAUAAAUCGGCCGCGCGAGUUGCGCUAUUUCGGACCGGUCUCGGUGAUACCGAACACCACGUACAUUCGACGAUUGGAGCACAAGGGUCUUCUGAUCCCCGAAUCGAAGGGCUGCGUUCUGCCGGCUCUGACGUCGAAAACGAACGCCAAGAGAAAAAAGCUCGAUCUUGCCGCUGUGAAAAAUCGCUGAGAGCUCGCUAAUGAUUCUUUCUUUUUUGUGAUACUAAUGUCAAGAAGAGAGUGAGAAAUCUCUGUACAGAGAAACUCGUUGUGUGUGGGACAUCGGACAGUGGAGCGUGUGUACAUAUCCUUAUAUAUAUUCUGUAAGUGGAUAAAU